AUGACGAUAACAGAUGCCCAGGGUGUUUAUGGAUCCGGAACCUACGUCGACACUACAUUUACUCCAGUCCCUGAAGAGGCCCGGCGUAUCCUGAAAGAACUUGCAGUUAGAACCCCAGGUUUCAGCCAUGACCAGUCUCUAAUCAACGGGGUCCGGUUUGAAGGAUCUGAUCUUCCUUGCGUCCCAGGGCCAAUCAAGGUCGUAGCUGUUACAGCUGCCUUGCAUGCCAUGGUCGGUAUUGUUGGUCAUGAGAUCCUGAGAAUUCGUGGGAUUCACACAGAUGGCAAGACGACCAUCAACACUGACCAUGCGGGGCUUCAUCUGGGGUCUGUUGCCCUUCCAAGCAUCGACGGCAUUGACGGGGCGGCUGCGGUAGCCUUGCCAACUGUUCCUCAAUAUACGUACGGCAAAUUAGGAACGCCAGUCAAGCUCCGGACAUCCGCAAUCUACAAAACCAAAACGCCUGGUGCUUGGUACCAGCUCCACGGGUCUACCGAUCCUUAUCCGGUUCUAAAGGCCAUAGGAGCUGAUUCUGAGAUCAAACUAGCCUCUGGAGAUGAGGCAUACCGGUAUAUAGAGGAUCAUGUGAUGCGGUAUUCUGCGCGAGAUGUGGAGAUGCUUAUGGUUGAAAAUGGUCUCUGUGGCUCCAUUGUCUACGCUCCAGAUGCCUGGCUUCAGACAACGAUGGGAGCCCUUUUGGCAACUCAUCCACUGGUCGAUUACAAAAAGCAGAGCUUCGCCGCUGACUCGCCACCUGUGGACUUCCCGCCUAUGAAAGCCAGUGACCAUCGGCCGCUUGCAGGUGUAAAGGUAUUGGAGUUAUCCCGCAUUAUUGCUGCUCCAGCAGCCGGCUCAAUUUUGUCUUCACUUGGUGCGGAGGUAAUCCGAGUCCAGGUCAGAGACGCGCUUGAUUUUACACCAUCGCAGCUCUGCCUCACUGCAGGUAAAAGGACAUAUGAUAUCAAUAUCAAUGACGGAUCAGAUCGUGCCAUUCUGCGUCGGCUGUUUGAAGAUGCCGAUGUGAUCCUCCAAGGUUACCGACUUGGGUCCCUCACACGACGAGGGUUUGGUCUUGACGCAGCUCUGGAGGUUGCUAAACGACGAGGUCGCGGUGUGGUCUAUCUGGAUGAGAACUGCUACGGGCCUGAGGGUUACUAUGCUGAGCGACCUGGAUGGCAGCAGAUAGCUGACGCAGCUGCCGGUAGCUCGUUUGUAACCGCAAAGGCGUACGGUUUUCCAGACGGACAGGGCGUGCUUCCAAGCCUGCCAAUCUCUGAUAUGUCGACCGGGAUCGUGGGCGCUAUAACAAUCAUGUCAAUGCUGCGUGACCGUGCCAAAUAUGGUGGAUCGUGGCAUGGUAAUGCCAGCCUCACAGCGUUCAAUAUGAUGACACUGGAGCCAUGGGUCGGGCUGUACCAGCCAUCAGUUGUUGCGGAAAUCCAGGAUCUGUACCGAUUCAGACCGAUGACCAGUGACCUUCAUGUUAUAGAGCUCUACCUUUUAGUCUUAGAAGGCUGGAAGACGGCAGGAAAGGAGCGAGGCGAGCUGAUGAGAAACGAGAAGUUCUUUGUGCACUUCAGAGACAGUGUCUAUGGGAAGGAUCUGCGCAUUUUAGCACCAGUGGUGCAGUAUGAUGACCCAAAGUCUGCAGCAAGGUGGACAUCUCCGCCCGUGCCAUUCUGUCAUUUUAAGAACCCUAGCUGGGAGGCCAACUAA